UUUCAAACCAUGGAUCGGGGAGGGGAUCCCCUUCGCCGAGCGCGCAAUGGCGGUGGCAUUUGGCGGAGCCGCUGGCUGGUUCUUGUGGCGUCGAUGUGGCUCCAGGCGUGCGGCGGAGUGGGAUACAUCUAUGGGAGCUACUCGCCCGUGAUCAAGGCCAGGCUCCACUACAACCAGAGGCAGAUGAACACGCUCGCAGUCGCCAAGAACAUUGGCGGCAGCGUCGGGAUCUUUGCUGGAUCUCUGUCGACGGUGCUCCCUCCCUGGGGGCUCAUCUUGCUCGGGGGAUUCCAAAAUCUCGUCGGCUAUGGUGGAAUCUGGCUGCUCGUCACGAGCUUAGCUCUUCCUUCGCCGCUUUGGCUGAUGUGCGUGCUCAUUAUGAUCGGUACUAACGAAGAAUCAUACUUCAACACCGUCUCUCUCGUCUCGGCGGUACGUAACUUCCCCAGGAACAGGGGCCCGGUGGUGGGAAUUCUCAAAGGAUUUAGCGGGCUGUGUGGAGCAAUCUUCACGCUGGCCUAUGGAGCGCUGCUGGCUCCACACCAGGAGGCAUUCAUCCUUCUCGUGGCCGUGACACCGAUUAUUGUGGGUGUGAUUGUCAUGCCGAUCAUCCGGCCUUUGGAGAGCUCCGGGAUCACGCAAGACACCAAGGAUGAAUCGGAGAACAUGGGAUUUAUCUACAACCUGUGCCUGUUAAUCGCUGCUUAUCUCCUAGUGGUGCUGCUGAUCAUCGACUUGCUGGACGUGAGCAAGCUCGUGACUGGGAUUUUUUAUCUGGGAUUGCUGCUGCUUUUGGUUUUCCCGCUGGUUAUACCACUCAAGCUCGAGUUCUUCAAAGGUGGCGCUGACGCAAAGCUUGUGGAGCCGCUGAUUCCAGAGGCAGCAGGAUCAAGCGAUAGCAACAAGUCGGCGGGCUACGAGUCCUCCUUCAGUGAGCUAGAGGACGAGAAGCGAGCAUCGAGAAGCCUUCCGGAGCCGCUUUUCAAACUGAAGCUGGCGAGAAUGCGCUCGGAUCUUUACAAAGCUGUUGCCGAGGGAGCUGUGAAGGUGAAGAGAAGACAAGGGCCUCGUCGCGGAGAGGAUUUCACGCUAAGGCAAGCUCUCAUGAAAGCUGACUUUCUUCUUAUGUUUGGAAUACUCUUCUGUGGUUGUGGCUCCGGCUUGACAGCCAUAGACAACCUUGGACAAAUGGGACAGGCACAAGGCUAUGAGAACGCUCAUAUGUUUGUCUCGAUGAUAAGCAUAUGGAACUUUCUGGGAAGAGUUGCUGGAGGCUUCGUUUCGGAGUGGAUUGUCAGAGCUCACGCGUAUCCAAGACCAUGCGUGCUAGCUGUGGCUCAGCUGGUAAUGGCUGUGGGUCUUUUAUUCUAUGCCAUGGCCUGGCCAUUCUCACUUUACAUCGGAUCCUUGCUGGUGGGACUGAGUUACGGCGUGCACUGGGCAGCUGUGCCGUCGGCAGUGUCUGAGCUCUUCGGUCUCAAAAACUUUGGCAGCUUCUACAACUUUCUCACCAUCGCAAGUCCACUGGCAACCAUCCUCUUUUCGGGAGUCCUUGCCGGGACCAUUUACGAUCGCGAAGCCGCCAAACAACUCAAUGCAGGUGAGAGUGGCGCCAAUGGUUUGCUGUGCAAGGGAGCCGUGUGUUUCAGGCUCACGUUUCUUAUCCUCAUGGGAGUCUGUAUCUUCGGUUCCGGGCUUUGUAUGCUCUUGGUGAAGAGGACAGUGCCGGUUUACGCUGCAUUAUAUGGGAAACAGCAGGAACAGGGUGAAAACAUGAAAUCGAUUCCCGAGGAACCUUAAGUUUGGACAGUAUCGGUUACGUUCAUAUACCAAUCUGGCUAAAAGAUGGAUAUGGUGCUCGGUUACGCUGGACUAACUGGAAAGCAGCAAGAACCUUCAAGUUACACAUCCAAGAGCUAAAGAACUUCAGGCCAAACGCGUCAUACAAUCCGAUGAACUAUGAUUCCAAAACAUCAAAACUCUCAAAAAUGAUAUCGAAACAAGAUAGUGUUCUUGGUAAAAGAAAGUUCCUCUCGCGGUGAUGUUUCGCUU